AUGCGCCUCUUCAUUUGCACCCUUCUUGAUGGAGUCGAUAUCCAGGAUAUCCAGCUUGCUGGAGAGUGGCUGAUUUGUGCUGCAGCUCGAGAACUAACUCUCGAUGCCGCCCAAUCUGCUAGGAGCUCCCGAGGCUCUGGCUCCACCAAAACAAUACCGGCGGCGAAGAUAAAGAUAUUGCUCGAUAGCCGGAAUGAUCGAGAUGUGUUAGAAGGACUGAGAAAGGUCAUCUCUCCAUGCCUAACAUUCUUCUCCUCCGUCGUCAAGAACGUUGCGUCCCCGAACAUCGAAAUAAAGAAACUAGUAUACAUCUACCUCCUCAACCACGCGGAGCAAGAACCAGAUCUCGCCCUCCUCUCCAUAAACACGAUCCAGAAGUCCCUCUCCGAUGGGAACCCCCAGGUGCGAGCCCUGGCUCUUAAGACCAUGUCCGGAAUCCGCGUCCCGGUCAUAAGUCAAAUCGUAUCCCUGGCGAUCAAGAAGGGACUGAGUGAUAUGAGUCCGUAUGUCAGGAAAGCUGCCGCGCUAGCAAUUCCGAAAUGCUACCGGCUGGAUCCGAAUACCCUUCCGCAGCUGUUGGAUUAUUUAUCGACGUUGCUAGGGGAUAGACAGUAUUACGUGGCCGGCGCUGCAGUCAAGGCAUUCAUGGAAAUCUGCCCGGACCGGACAGACCUCAUUCAUAAGCAUUAUAGGAGCUUGGUGAAGAAACUUGUGGAUAUGGAUGAGUGGAGUCAACUAGCUACUUUAAGACUCAUGACCAUAUACUCGAGGAGAUGUUUCCCAAAAAGGACGCGGAGAAUAAAGAAAAGCAAUGGUGCCCAGGGAUUUUACGGGGACGAAGAGGGCGAGGAAGAGGAUACCGGCGAGAUCGUCCAAAUCCUCGACCCUGAUCUGGAGCUACUUCUCAAGAGCAUCAAACCUCUCCUCCAGAGCCGGAACUCUGCAGUGGUGGUGGCAGUCGCUCGAUGCUACGUGAAUCUCGGCACGCCACAAUACACCAACAGCGCUAUUGGACCUUUAGUUGCGUUACUGCGAGGGCCGCAAGACAUCCAACACAUCGCACUCUACAACAUCGUAUCAAUUUGCAUCACGAGACCCGAGGCAUUCGUCAAAUAUUCUUCUCAUUUCCUAGUACGGUCUACGGAUCCGCCCCAAGUCUGGGAACUAAAGCUUGAAAUCCUGACACUGAUAUUCCCUCACUGCGAUCCUUACCUAAAAAGCAUCAUCCUGAACGAGCUCGAGCAUUUCUCCAGAGGCUCCGAUAGAGAACUCGUACGAGAAGCUGUGCGAGCCAUCGGCCGGUGUGCGCAGAGUGAUGCAAAAACAUCAACACGAUGCCUGAGUCUGCUUCUAAAACAGAUCACCAGUCUGGAUGGCAAUUUGGUUGCAGAAUCUUUGACUGUCAUCAGACAUCUGAUUCAACAAGAUCCCACGCCCCAUACCAACACGAUCAUACGGUUAGCAAAGAAUCUCGACACGGCGACAAACCCUCGGGCCCGAGCAUCGAUCAUCUGGCUCGUGGGUGAAUUCGCCACCAUCGAUGGCGAGAAUAACAUCGCAGCAGAUGUGCUCCGUAUCUUAGCAAAAGGAUUUGCGGAUGAAGCAGAGCCCGCAAAGUUACAGAUUGUACUCCUAGCAGCCAAAGUAUAUCUUCAUCAUCUCAACUCAAUCACCGAAAACGACUCAAUAAAACCUACACCAGCGCCAGCGCCAGCACACGAAUACCUACCUACAGCUGGCAACGAAGGAUUUGCAGAAAUGAACGAACCACAAGAAUCUGCAUAUCCGGUCUCAGAGCUAGAACCCCAACAUCCUAUCGUAAAGCUCUGGAAUUACGUCCUUCUUUUAGCCCGCUAUGACACCUCAUACGACCUACGUGACCGGACUCGUCUCUAUAAAGCACUCCUUGCUGUCCCAUCAUCUACACAGUUAGCAAGCCUGAUGCUCCUAGCUCCUAAACCAGUGCCCCAUACUCCGAGUCCAUCAGAAAGCCGCACGGGAUUUACUCUUGGCUCAGCAAGUCUAGUUAUAGGCGAGGAAAGCGGCUUGCACGGCCUGAGGGGCUAUGAAGCAUUACCAGACUGGGUAGAGGCGGGUAGGGAGCCGGAUCCCUCCUUGAGAGACGUGGACGCCGGCAAAUUGGAAUAUGACGAAAAACGGCUCGUACCAGCUGGCGAGCGGUUGGAUAGCGCUAUGAAGGAUACCAGAGGGGAGUCGCCUUCGAAAGCUAAUGGUUUCGGGGCUGCAGGGGGAAAGGAAAAGACACUUGAUGAUUGGCUGGCUGAGGAUGAGGGCGAGGAAGAAGAGACUGAAGAGGAAAGUGAAGAGGAGGAUGAAGACAGUGAAGGGGAGGAAUCUAGCGAGGAGAUAUCGGACGCUGAAGAGGAUGAAAGCAGUGAUGACGACGACAAAGAGCACGAUAGACUCGUUAAAUGA